AGAAGUGGCAAACAGGAAGGCGAAACCCAUACGCGCUUUGCAGCGAGGCGAGGGUUGCCUUCAUUCAUAACGUUAUGGAAAUGACAUUUGAGGAUUUGGAGGAUUUUGAAAGACCCUGGGUGGAUGGUGUCCAAGCCUUGCUGAUUCGUAUUUCCGAAGUGAGAGUUGCAGCAAGAGAAACCACUGCUUGGAAAUGACAUUGCAAGAGAGUUCAAACUGAACUGUAGUGUCACUUAAGGGAUAGGAGACAAAUGGAACAGAAAAGGUUUUUGUUGGAGAAUUGUCUAUUUGAACUGCAGUUUGUUAAAAGUGCUGAUAACAUGAUGACCUGACGAGGUACAGGACGUCCUAGCUAUGCAGUGCAGGUACUGAUGGGAAAGGAUCCAAUAUGAGUGUAAAUGAUGUUGGAGGCAGACGACGCUUUGAGGAUAGCGAGUACACGUUGCACAUAUACCCCGGGAGCAUCGCAGAAGGGACGAUCUAUUGCCCCAUCACCGCCAGGAAAACGUCCACGGCUGCCGAGGUGAUCGAUUCUCUCAUCAAUAAACUCCAGCUCGAGAAAACAAAAUGUUACGUCCUUGCGGAAGUGAAGGAGUUCGGUGGGGAGGAAUGGAUCCUCAACCCUACGGACUGCCCGGUCCAGCGCAUGAUGCUGUGGCCUCGCAUGGCCCUGGAGAACCGGAUAAGCGGCGAGGAUUACCGCUUCCUUCUGCGGGAGAAGAACCUCGAUGGGUCCAUUCACUACGGGAGCCUGCAGUCGUGGCUGCGGGUGACGGAGGAGCGCCGCAGGAUGGUGGAGCGGGGCUUCCUGCCCCAGCCACAGCAGAAGGACUAUGACGACUUGUGCAGCCUGCCGGACUUAAACGAGAAAACGCUCUUGGAAAAUCUCAGAAACCGCUUUAAGCAAGAAAAAAUCUACACCUACGUAGGCAGCAUCCUAAUAGUUAUUAACCCAUUCAAGUUUCUACCUAUUUAUAAUCCUAAGUAUGUCAAAAUGUAUGAUAACCAUCAGCUGGGAAAGCUGGAGCCCCAUAUUUAUGCCGUGGCAGACGUGGCCUACCAUGCCAUGCUUCAGCGGAGGAAGAACCAGUGCAUCGUGAUUUCAGGAGAAAGUGGGUCAGGAAAAACACAGAGCACAAACUUUCUGAUUCAUCACCUCACUGCCCUCAGCCAGAAGGGAUUUGCUAGCGGAGUAGAACAGAUUAUUCUUGGAGCUGGACCAGUGCUUGAGGCUUUUGGAAAUGCAAAAACUGCGCAUAACAACAACUCAAGUCGCUUCGGCAAAUUUAUUCAAGUGAAUUAUCAGGAGACGGGCACCGUGCGAGGUGCUUAUGUUGAAAAGUAUCUGCUGGAGAAGUCCAGACUCGUGUACCAGGAGCACAACGAACGGAACUACCAUGUAUUUUAUUACCUCCUGGCAGGAGCAAGUGAGGAAGAGAGAUCAGCAUUUCAUCUUAAGCAGCCUGAGGAAUAUCAUUACCUCAACCAGAUGACAAAGAAACCCCUCAGACAGAGCUGGGAUGAGUAUUGCUAUGACUCUGAGCCGGACUGCUUUUCCGUCGAAGGGGAGGACUUGAAGCAUGACUUUGAGCGUCUACAACUUGCCAUGGAGAUGGUGGGGUUUCUUCCCAAGACUCGCAGACAAAUUUUUUCUCUCUUGUCUGCAAUACUACAUCUGGGAAACAUCCGUUAUAAAAAGAAGACCUAUCGGGAUGAUUCCAUCGAUAUUUGUAACCCUGAAAUACUGCCUAUCGUGUCGGACCUGCUGGAGGUAAAAGAAGAAAUGCUCUUUGAGGCCCUGGUUACCAGAAAGACAGUGACAGUAGGAGAGAAGCUCAUCUUACCCUACAAACUAGCAGAGGCUGUGACCGUGCGAAACUCCAUGGCUAAAUCAUUAUACAGUGCCCUCUUCGACUGGAUAGUUUUCAGGAUUAACCAUGCACUCCUGAACUCGAAGGACAUGGAGGAAAGCACCAAGACUUUAUCCAUUGGAGUACUUGAUAUUUUUGGGUUUGAAGACUAUGAGAAUAACAGUUUUGAACAAUUCUGCAUUAACUUUGCCAAUGAGCGCUUGCAGCACUACUUCAACCAACACAUCUUUAAACUCGAACAGGAGGAAUACAGAGCAGAAGGGAUUAGCUGGCACAACAUCGACUACAUAGACAACUCUGGCUGCAUAAACCUUAUCAGCAAGAAGCCGACAGGCCUGCUCCAUCUGCUGGAUGAGGAAAGCAACUUUCCUCAAGCUACCAACCAGACUCUGCUGGACAAGUUUAAGCGUCAACACGAAGGCAACUCCUACAUUGAAUUUCCAGCGGUGAUGGAGCCAGCUUUCAUCAUCAAACACUAUGCAGGCAAAGUCAAGUAUGGAGUGAAGGAUUUCCGUGAGAAAAACACAGAUCAUAUGCGUCCAGACAUUGUAGCUCUCCUGCGAAGCAGCAAAAAUGCCUUUAUCUGCGGAAUGAUAGGGAUUGACCCGGUGGCUGUGUUCCGAUGGGCAGUCCUCCGGGCGUUUUUCAGGGCAAUGGUUGCUUUUAGGGAGGCUGGGAAACGAUACAUUGAGAAGAAAACUGGGCAUGAUGAUGCAGUGCCAUGUGCGGUUUUGAAAAGUGUGGAUAGUUUUAGCUUUCUCCAUCACCCAGUUCACCAGAGGAGCUUAGAGAUUCUGCAGAGAUGCAAGGAGGAGAAGUACAGUAUUACUCGGAAAAGCCCACGAACACCGCUCUCAGAUCUCCAGGGAGUCAAUACCAUCAACGAGAGGACCCAGCGGGAUGCCUACGCGGUCGGCUGGAACGGCCGGAUGGGGAUGCGGCACAGCAGGCUCACCAGCCCCAGCUCCUUCCUAGACAAAGAUGGGAUAUUCGUGAACACAACCAACAGCAAGCUGCUGGAAAGGGCCCAUGGGAUUCUCAUGCGAAAUAAGAACUUCAAAGCCAAACCCAGUCUCCCAAAGCACCUGCUGGAUGUGAAAUCUCUCAAGCACUUGACCAACCUAACACUGCACGACCGCAUUACAAAAUCCCUUCUCCAUCUCCAUAAGAAGAAGAAACCACCCAGCAUCAGUGCCCAGUUCCAGGCAUCGCUCAACAAGCUGAUGGAGACUCUUGGCCAGGCAGAGCCUUAUUUUGUCAAGUGCAUUCGAUCCAAUGCUGAAAAGCUGCCCCUGCGGUUCAGCGAUAGCCUGGUGCUCAGGCAGCUGCGGUACACGGGCAUGCUGGAGACUGUUCGGAUUCGCCAGUCAGGAUACAGCUGCAAAUACUCUUUCCAGGAUUUUGUGAACCAUUUUCAUGUCCUUCUGCCACAAGGAAUCAGCCCAUCUAAGCACAAUAUCCAUGAUUUCUUCAGGAAAAUAAAACUCAAUCCAGACAAUUACCAAGUUGGAAGAACCAUGGUUUUUGUGAAGGAGCGAGAGCGGCAGCUUCUGCAGGACCUGCUCCAUCAGGAGGUACUGCGCAGGAUCACACUGCUGCAGCGCUGGUUCCGCAGCAUGCUCUGCAGGAGGCAGUUCCUGAGCUUAAGGCAAGCGGCAGUAAUCAUACAGAGAUUCUGGCGUAGUUACCAGAGCCGAAAGCAAGGCGAACCAUCCCCAGACCCCCUGGUACUCAGCAAAGCUGCAGUUGUGCUCCAGACCCACUGGCGAGGCUUCGUGGAGAGGCGGAGGUUUCUGCAGAUGCAGUUUGCUGCUCACCUCAUCCAGAGCUGCUGGCGGGAGCACUCGAAGCGGAGGCACGAUGCAGCCACCAGCAUCCAGGCAGCCUGGCGAGGGCACUGCGCAAAGCGGCUUUACAGAGCCAGCAGAAGCAAAAUCAUCAGUUUGCAAGCAGCGUGCAGAGGAUACUUAGCACGACAAAGGUUUAGAGCUUUGAAAGAGCAGAGGUUAAAAGAGAUGCAGCUGGAGAAUGGCCUGUCAAUUAGUGAAGAGGAUGGACUGGAGGCAGAGGGUGCUUUGGAAAUUAAGGGCUCCGACCCAUCCAAGUGGGAGGAUGGCUCGUUUGAAGAGAGAGUGAGAGCUGUAGAGGAACAUAAAUCACUGAUGGAGAAUAAUCGUGUGAAUCAUGUGGAUCCACUGGACACUUCUGCAAAUUUAUUGUACAAAAGGCAUGAGAGAGCCAGUAGCCAGAGUGGUAUGGACACUGAAGAGGAAGUAAUUGUGAGAGAGAGACCCAAGUCACUGGAGGAUCUUAACCAGAAGAAAGUCGUUCGUGCAAAAAGAGAAAGCCGGAGAAUGCGUGAGCUGGAACAGGCAAAAUUCAGCUUGGAAUUGCUUAAGGUCCGGUCCACCGGAGGGCUGUCGCCUUCAGAAGAGCGACGGUGGUCUACCGAGCUGGUAUCAGAGGCACUUCAUUCCCCUCAGGGAACCCCGGAGAGUGAAAGCUCUCAAGGGAGCUUAGAGAUGUUAAGCUGUGAAGAUACCCCAAGUAAACUUGUUUCCUUAGUUUUAGAUGAGCAAGAUGUGCAGUCAUUUUCCCCUGAGACGCAGGACUCUGUGCCUAGCAGUCCCCAGCCCCAUCUGCAGGACAAGUCUUUCUGCACAGCUGAUGUGAACAGCAAUUUAUCCAGUUGCAGAAGGAUGCUUUCAGACUCUGAGCUGCCCGAUAACCACACUGCAAAGGAGCAUGUGGUCUGUGACCCCCAGAAUUAUCUGUACAAGACGCAUCCGAGAGAAACUUUCCUUUCUAGUAACCUACCUACUUUCUACAUUCCACCACAGGACAACAUGAAGGUAAAGCAGUCACUGGUGGAGAAUAACUUGAGGAAUAAAGCAGCGGAAAGAGAGGAGAAAACAGUUACGUUCUCAGAGAUCAGGAAGGACUCUGAGCAAGACCAGGGCAAAGCCUUGGGAAGGGAGGAAGGAGAAAAGUCUUCUGCCAAGAGAGAGGAACGUGGGACAGCUGCUGCGACUCAGACCCAUUCUCCAGACUCUGUUAUCAAGAGACUGGAGAAGCUCAAUGUGGAGAAGGAAGAACGACAAAAGCAACUUCAGCUGCAAAACGAGAGGGAGAUGAUGGAGCAGAUCCGUCAGCAGAAGGAAAUUCUGGAGAGACAGCGCAAAGCCUUCGAGCAGCUCGAGAAGCAAGGCCGUGUGGAGGCUUUGCAGAGGGCUGAACUGAGCAGAACGAAGGACCCCGCUUUGAAACCAUCCAAAAAAGCAGACAGCCGGCCUCAGUCGGCCCUCAUCCUGCACCCCCAGGGCACGACCACAGCUGGAACGCCAACCUCAUCAGUGGACAUCAAAGGUCUCACCGUUGGGAACAGGGGAGGCUCUCCAGCCCACGGUGCUGCCAAAGACAGGCCUGUCAGCAUGUUCAUGGAGCGAAGGGAAGGUCAGGCGGGGACGGCGCUGGAGUCACGGUGCAGCUCCAGGCUGGCUCCCGACCCCAGGGAUGUCCCGGGCAGCCCUUUCUCUAGGACAGAGCGCCUCCGGCAGCCCCGAGCGCCACACCAGGCCACCGAGGAGACGAGGGCAAGCAGCAUGUUCUUCACACCGAAAGAUAAUCCCUUCGGCCUCCACAGGGAAGCAAGUCAUCAAUGCCUUCCCAAGGGUGAGCUAACUAGGAAGCCAUUUAAGAUGCCUGGGUCUGGCAGAGGAGAGCAGGUUCCCAGACCGACCCAUAAAAAGAAAGCCCGCAUGGCGCGGACGCGCUCCGAUUUCUUGACUAGAGGUACUUUUGCUGAUGGGGAGGGGGAUACGGAGGAAGAUGAUUACGAUGGCAAUUUUGAGUUCCUUCUCUCCUCUGACCAACCUCCUCAUCCUGAGACAGGGCCUGCAGCCCGGCUCGGGCAGGCCUGUUACAGUGACUCCGAAAUGACAGUGCAGCGGUUCACCUCUGGAGAAGGCCAAACAAAACUCCAUAAAACCAUGUCUCAGGGGGAGAUCGGGAAGCUGGCAGCCGCGCAGAAGACCCUGGCCCCAGAUGGGAGGUCUCAACGAGCCAAGAUGAGAUUUUGGGUGAAGGGAAAGCAGGGGGAGAAGAAGACCCCUCGGGAGAAGCUUGCUACACAGUCUGAGCUGCUGGAGCUGUACGCAGAGCAAGAAGCACCCAACAGAGAGAUGAUUUCUGGCUUGCAGCUUGGUGAAGAGUUGGGUCCUCACCAUCUGACACCCCCGCGGAGUCCUGAGCUGUCAGGAAUCUACCGGAGGGAAUUUAAGGAGAACAAGGAGCCCUCUCCCAAAGUGAAACGCAAGCGCAGCGUCAAAAUCAGCAACGUGGCUCUGGAGCCCGUGCAAUGGCAGAAUGACUCCCUGCAGAUCAUAACCAGUGCUAGCGACCUGAAAAGCAUGGAUGAGUUUCUCCUGAAAAAGAUGAAUGAGCUGGAUAAUGAGGACAGCAAGAAGGACACGCUGGUGGAUGUAGUGUUCAAGAAAGCGCUGAAGGAAUUCCGACAAAAUAUCUUCAGCUUUUACUCCUCGGCAUUAGCGAUGGAUGAUGGGAAAAGCAUCCGCUAUAAGGACCUGUACGCCUUAUUCGAGCAGAUCCUUGAGAAGACCAUGAGGCUUGAACAGAGGGACUGGAGUGAGUCUCCAGUGAAAGUCUGGGUCAAUACCUUCAAAGUCUUCCUGGAUGAAUAUAUGUUAGAGUACAAACCCCUGGACUGCACCGCAGUGAAGGUAGUGCCAAAAACGGAACGAAAAAAGAGAAGGAAAAAAGAAGCGGAUGUGGUGGAAGAGCACAAUGGGCACAUUUUUAAGGCGACCCAGUACAGCAUCCCCACCUACUGUGAAUAUUGUUCUUCCUUGAUCUGGAUAAUGGACAGGGCUUCUGUUUGUAAAUUAUGUAAAUAUGCUUGUCACAAGAAGUGCUGUCUUAAAACCACGACCAAGUGCUCCAAAAAGUAUGAUCCCGAGCUCUCAUCUCGGCAGUUCGGCGUGGAGCUGUCCCGGCUGACCAGCGAGGAGCGAGCUGUGCCAGUGCUGGUGGAGAAGCUGAUCAACUACAUAGAAAUGCAUGGGCUGUACACAGAGGGCAUUUACAGAAAAUCAGGGUCCACCAACAAGAUCAAGGAGCUGCGGCAAGGACUUGAUACAGACAUUGAUAAUGUGAAUUUAGAUGACUACAACAUCCACGUCAUUGCCAGUGUCUUCAAGCAGUGGCUCCGAGACUUGCCCAACCCUCUCAUGACCUUUGAGCUGUACGAGGAGUUUCUGCGGGCGAUGGGCCUGCAGGAGAGGAAGGAGACGGUGCGGGGAGUCUACUCAGUCAUCGACCAGCUCUCCCGCACCCAUCUGAGCACCUUGGAGCGCCUCAUCUUCCACCUCGUCAGGAUUGCCCUCCAGGAAGAGACCAACCGAAUGUCAGCUAACGCCUUGGCCAUCGUCUUCGCUCCCUGCAUCCUCCGCUGCCCUGACACGACAGACCCACUGCAGAGCGUUCAGGACAUCAGUAAAACAACCACCUGCGUAGAACUAAUUGUCAUCGAGCAGAUGAACAAAUACAAGGCUCGUCUCAAGGACAUCAACAGCCUGGAGUUUGCUGAGAACAAAGCCAAGAGCCGCCUGUCCCUGAUCCGCAGGUCGAUGAAACCUGUACUAAUUGCAGUUAGAUUUAUGAGCAUAACCCGCAGUUCAAUCCCGGGCAAAGGACGCAUACGGCGCGGCACCUACCCCAGCCCGACUUCUCCCGUCGCCGUACGCCUGCCCUCGGUGUCGGAUGUCCCUGAGGAGACCAUGAGCAGCGAGGAGGCCAUGGAGAUGGACGUCACGGAGCAGCAGCAAGCAGCCAUGCAGCAGGAGGAGAGGGUGCUGACCGAGCAGAUCGAAAGCCUGCAGAAGGAGAAGGAGGAGCUGACGUUUGAGAUGCUGACGCUGGAGCCCCGCGCUUCUGAUGAUGAAACGCUCGAAUCCGAAGCCUCCAUUGGCACUGCUGACAGCUCUGAAAACCUAAACUUUGACUCUGAAGGAGCCAUCUCCGAUCGUUCGGAGCGAAGCGUAGCACUUAGCUCCCUGCGUCCCACCAAGGCGGAGGGGCCCAGCCGGCUGCGAAGGCACCCCAGGACGCGGCCGGACGCGGCGGACACGGCGGACGCCUCCAUCGUCUCCUCCUCCUCCUCCUCCCAGUCAUCCACCUCCUGCUUACCCCACCUGCCCCGCAAGCGCUUCCAGAUGUACUCCAAAUCGCCCUUCUACCGAGCGGGGGGGCCGGGUGAGCCCCCCGAGCCCACCUCGGGGCCACCUGACGACCGCCCUCAGUUCACCACCCGCGGGACCUUCAACCCGGAGAAGGGCAAGCAGAAACUGAAGAGCGUGAAGAAUUCCCCCCCGAAAACCAAAGAGCCGCCGGAGGGGGGCACGGGCCGCAAGAGAAACCCCGAGGCCGACCGGGCCGCCGGCCAGCAGCUCGUCCUCCUGGGGAGCAACGAGUUCAUGGUGUGAGGUGUGAGCCCCCGGCCCUGUGGCGAAGCCUCGAGCAUCCCCUGUUGUCACCAUCAUCAUCGUCACCAUCUUCCUCACCAAUUGCUUGGGCGCCAGCGCCAGAGGAAGACGAGCGCUCAAUCCAGAAGGCUGGUGGGGACGGAUUCAGCAGUGGCCUUAACGGUGUGGGGUCGGGAGCGGCCGGGGCAGGCGGCCUGGGGACAGAGGGACAGAGGAGGGACAGAAGGACGUCGGUGGGGAAAUGGAAAGCCCUGGGUCCCACCUCGGGAAGGGCGCGUUGCUCUUUGUCCGGGUGACAGCGCCGCAGCCGAACCCUUGUGCCGAGCUGCCCGUGGCUGGAGGUCCCAUCAUCAAGCGAGGAAGUAGGAAUGCGUGGAAAGCAAAGCCCAAAAGCCCACAAAGGUGCCUGGGUCCGGCCGCGCUGCCGGCGGGAGUGGGCUCUGAGACCCCUGCGCUGUAAUCGUGUCAUUCAAGCAAAAGCCAAGUGCAUGGAAAAGCGUUAAGGAAAUCUGCCAAAAGUCAUCUUUUUUUUGUUCGUUUGUUUUUCAAUGUGACCUAACCACCCUCCUCUUGUUUUUUUUUUGUUUUGUUUUGUUUUUUUGAGACCAUCAGUAUUAAAAAAAUGAUAAUAAUAAUCAAGGACUUACUUGAAGCUCUAUCUGUUUAUAUUCUGGCUUACUGGAGUUUAUUGUAAAUAUUUUUUUUUAUUUUUUAACUAUUUUUCCCCAGACAGGAGUUUUAUUUUUCUGUGCCAGGGCAAGGGAAGCGAUGGGCACAGUGGGGUCACCGCGGGCGUCCCGCUGUCCCACCCGUCACCUGGCGCCAGCGCGCACGUCACCGCGCACAUCGUCUUUGGCGAGAAAUCCACCGGGCUGUAAUUAGCGUCACUUGGAAGCGGUGCCCGCGAUCGCGCUAAUUAUCAGCGCUCGCUAACAACCGGGGGCUUAAUCCCUCCCGCACCAGCUCGGUUGCAGCCCGGGUGCUCGGAGAAGCACCGCGGUCGCUGGAAGAGAGGAGAGAUUAGGAGCCCGGGGACGCUAAUUGGAUUAAUAAAUGCUGGAUCUGCCCUUUCGGAUAGGCUGCUCGCUCUGUGCGUCUGCAGGCUGAGGCUCAGCUCCUUUCCCUAAACGCCAAGAAAAAGAGGGAAAAUACCAAUAAUUGUGUCUUCCUGGGUAUUUUGCAUUAGUUUGACUGGGGCUGGGGAUGCUCGGCUCCUUCCAGUCUUGCUCCUGCCCUCAGCGCUCGCGGCAUCGGCUCGGUCCUGCAGUGCAGCCCCCUCUUCCCAGCCCAAGUGCCAGUUAUUUCAAGGGAUGUUUUAUUUAUUUAUUUCAUUCCUUUUCUUCUUCCUUUUUUUUUUUUUUAAUUAUUAUUAUUUCGGAAAGGGGAAAUGAUUUAAGUUGCAUGGGGGAAGAAAGCGUUGUCCCUGCUCUGCCUCCCUGCUUGGGAUUGGGAGGAAUGAAACCCCCGUCGCUGGGCGAAACGGGCCGGGGCCGUGCUAGGACCAGAGCGGGGCACAGCGUGGCAGGGGCACGGCGAUGCUCACAGGGCAGGAAUUUACUGGGGAAAAGCCUGGAAACGGCACGAGCACCCAGCAAGAGCCUGGUGCAGUCAGCGUUGGGUCCCCAGAAAUCAUGGAAAAUUGGGUGUUUGAGCCGCUUCCCACCCGGCAUGGAUCCAGCGCCCAGCUGCUCCCCCUCAAGGGUAAAUUGCCGUUUUUGGGGGGGCAAAAGGUUAGGUUUUGAAGACGAUCCGCUCCUCGUACCAAGUGAAUGUACUUACUACUGGAAAGGACAUGGGCUGCGUGUUGUUAAUUAUUAUUUUUAACGGAAAUUUUUUUAAGUAAUUUAUAAGUAUGCUGAGUGUAAAUUAAAAAGGAAAAAAAAAAACAAAGUAUGUAUUGUAAGAGGAUAUAUUAUCCUGUGUCAUACUCUCUAUAAAUUUUACCUGUUAAAAAAAAAGAAAAAGAAAAAAAAAAGAAAUAAAAGCGUAAUUAUAUAAAGGAGAAUGAUUUAUCUCUCCCCUGGCAGCGGGGAGGGGGGCAGCUGGCAAGCUGUCAUGUCGCGUCCGCGGGUUCUCUUUAAUUUCUUAAUUAAUGUUGUUCCCUUCCCUCCUGCAAUAAGGCCGUCGUUCUGUAUAAAGUGCAAUUUUUGUGUAAUAUUUCUCCGACGUAUACCGUGUGGCUGUACAAAGCGGCUUGGUGGCCGAGUGAACCCCUCGCUUAUUAAAGAGCUGUAACGAGGA